AUGAAAGAGGCCUUUGUGGAUAAAAACAUUAUCCUGACGAUCCGAGACACCGAUGUCCCCGUCCCUGAAGCUGGCCAAGUCCUGAUUCGAGUUGUCGUUUCUGGCACCAAUCCUAAAGACUGGAAACUCCCUGCCUGGUGGCCAGCGGAUGGAACCCCAACUAAUCAAGGAGACGAUAUUGCCGGAUACAUCGAAGCUGUGGGAGAAGGCGUGAUGGGAUUCCACAAAGGCGACAAGGUCGCCGCCUUCCAUCAAGUGAUGAAACCUCACGGCAGCUGGGCCGAGUAUGCAAUCGCGCCCGAUUACACGACCUUCCACAUUCCUGCCCAAAUCAGGUUCGAAGGUGGGCCUCAUUCCCCUCAAAGCUUCAUGUUGGUGCUAAUGCAAAAGAUGCGGCCAGAGGCGGCCACUAUCCCGCUCGCUGCCAUGACAGCCGCACUCGGUCUUUAUCAGCGCUUAAAGCUGCCUCUGCCCUGGAACCCGGCCACCGAGCCUCUGCCUUUGGUUGUAUAUGGCGGCGCAAGUGCAGUUGGAGCCUUUGCGAUCAAAUUCGCCCGACUUUCCAACAUCCAUCCGCUGAUCACGGUAGCUGGAAAGGGCAGCGCCUUCGUCGAAACCCUCAUCGAUCGCGAGAAGGGUGACACAAUAAUUGAUUAUCGGGAAGGUGAUGAGGCCGUGCGGACAAAGAUCAAGGAAGCCGCGCGUGGACGAUCGAUACACUAUGCGUACGAUGCGGUGGGCGAACAUGGAAGUCAUCAGAAUGUCGGUGCGGUGAUGACUGCGCCAGGGGAGGUCACUACCAUGCUGCCCAGCGGUGAUUAUCAGCCUCCAGAGGGAAUCGCCAUGGGCCAAACUAUAGCGGGAUCGGUUCACAUGCCUCCAGCAGCAGGCAAGACUCUCGAGGAUAUCGAGUUUGGGGCUGCUUUCUUCCACUUUAUUGGCCGGGGCCUGUCUCAGGGCUGGUUCUCGGGACACCCGUAUGAAGUACGUCCCGGUGGGCUGGCUGGACUUCAAGGGCGUUGCAAGAUCUUCGAGCGGGCAGGGUUUCUGCUGUCAAAUACGUGGUGCGUAUUGGCGAGACGGAAGGGGUGA